GCGCGCUCCGACCGCGGGCGGCCAGGGGGCAGGCGCGCCGGUCGCUUCCCCGUCUCUCGGCGUCGCCCGGCUCAGUCGCGGGCGAGCGGCGCGGGCGGCCGGAGCGCCAGGCAGGCCAUGGCCACCACCAGCACCACGGGCUCCACCCUGCUGCAGCCCCUCAGCAACGCCGUGCAGCUGCCAUCGACACAGGUCAACUUUGUAGUGUGCCAACUCUUUGCCUUGCUAGCAGCCAUUUGGUUUCGAACUUACCUACAUUCAAGCAAAACUAGCUCUUUUAUAAGACAUGUCGUUGCUACCCUUUUGGGCCUUUAUCUUGCACUUUUUUGCUUUGGAUGGUAUGCCUUACAUUUUCUUGUACAAAGUGGAAUUUCCUACUGUAUCAUGAUCAUAAUAGGAGUGGAGAACAUGCACACAUAUUGUUUUGUGUUUGCUUUGGGUUACCUCACAGUAUGCCAAAUUACUAGAGUCUAUAUCUUUGAUUAUGGACAAUAUUCCGCGGAUUUUUCAGGCCCAAUGAUGAUAAUUACCCAGAAGAUCACUAGUUUGGCUUAUGAAAUUCAUGAUGGGAUGUUUCGAAAGGAUGAAGAACUGACUCCGUCACAGAGAGGCUUAGCGGUAAGACGCAUGCCGAGCCUUCUGGAGUAUUUAAGUUACAACUGCAACUUCAUGGGUAUCCUGGCAGGCCCGCUCUGCUCUUACAAAGACUACAUCACUUUCAUCGAAGGCAGAUCGUACCAUAUGACACAAUCAGGCGAACAUGGGAAAGAAGAGAUACAGUAUGAAAAGACAGAGCCAUCUCCAAAUCUCGCAGUUAUUCAGAAGCUCUUAGUCUGUGGACUUUCCUUGUUAUUUCACUUGACCAUCUCUAAGACAUUACCUGUGGCGUAUAACAUUGAUGAGCAUUUUCAAGCUACAGCUUCAUGGCCCACCAAGGUUAUCUAUCUAUACGUCUCUCUUUUGGCUGCCAGACCCAAAUACUAUUUUGCAUGGACGUUAGCUGAUGCUAUCAAUAAUGCGGCAGGCUUUGGAUUCAGAGGAUAUGACAAAAAUGGAGCAGCUCGUUGGGACUUAAUUUCCAAUCUGAGAAUUCAGCAAAUAGAGAUGUCAACAAGUUUCAAGAUGUUUCUUGAUAAUUGGAAUAUUCAGACAGCUCUUUGGCUCAAAAGGGUGUGUUAUGAGCGCACCUCCUUGAGUCCAACCAUCCAGACGUUCAUCCUCUCUGCCAUUUGGCAUGGGGUGUACCCGGGCUAUUACCUGACUUUCCUCACGGGAGUGGUGAUGACGCUGGCAGCGCGAGCCGUGAGAAAUAACUUUAGACAUCAUUUCAUCGAACCUCCCCAACUUAAAUUAUUGUAUGAUGUCAUAACAUGGAUAGCAACUCAGAUAGCAAUAAGUUACACAGUUGUGCCAUUCGUUCUUCUUUCUAUAAAACCAUCAUUCAUGUUUUACAGCUCCUGGUAUUACAGCCUUCACUCUGCUAGUAUCUUAGUAUUAUUGUUGUUUCCGGUGAAAAAAACUCAAAGAGGAAAGAAUACACAUGAAAACGUUCAGCUGUCACGAUCCAAAAAGUUUGAUGAAAGAGAAAAUUCUUUGGGACAGAAUAGUUUUUCCACAACAAACAAUGUUUGCAAUCAGAAUCAGGAAAUAGCCUCUAGACAUUCAUCAUUAAAGCAAUGAUGGGGAAAGCACUCGGAUGGCUAUUUUUUGUAUGUUAACAGAAACCAAUCUUAGCACCUUUCAAGGGGUUUGUGUCUGUUGGGAAAGAGAUCACGUGGGGGGAAAUCGGACAGUUUUAGGUAGGGAAUGCCCUGUGUACCAGCUUGAAAAUGGAGUGAAAGACCCCUCCCAUGCCAUGUCCCUGUGGGCCAUGCCUUAUCAAAAAUGUUUCCAUUAUUUCAAUGGGCACUCAGGACCUCAGCAUAUGUCCAUAGGGUCAUAAGUGUGCCCUGCUGCUGAAUGUAUGUUGUGUAUCCCAAGGCACUGAAGAGAUGGAAAAAUAAUUGUGUCAAUCUAGAUGAUUGAGAAAAAUUAACUUUUCCAAAUGAAUGUCUUGCCUUAAACUGUCUAUUUCCUAAAAUAUUGUUUCCUAAAUGGUAUUUUCAAGUGUAAUAUUGUGAGAACACUAUUUCAAUAUUUGAUGUUGUAUGCUGCACAGGAAUUCCGGAGGAAUUUGAACAGGCUAUUUAAGACUGUGGAUACUUUAAAAUGCAAUAAACAUCUCAGUAUUUGAAGGGUUUUCUUAAAGUAUCUCAAAUGACUACAGUAUGUUGUGCAACUGUAAAGUGAUGGAUGCCAAUUUCCUGGAGAGUUUAAUUACCCUGUGUCAGACAGAGAGCCCUUCAAGGAAGGAUUUCUUAAACAUAGUUAAAUGUUGGUAAUGUGAUAUUUUAAGCUAUUUUUCUUAAAAAAAAAAAAAAAAAGGGAGAGAGAGAGAAGAUGACAAAGGAAA